GACUUGUAGAGUUUGAGUGGCGGGACUGCGGCGGCUGUGAGCGUGAGCGGCUCGGGCACCCGAGUCCAGCGCAGCCAUGCUGACCCCCGCGUUCGACCUCAGCCAGGACCCCGACUUCCUGACCGUCGCCAUACGCGUGCCCUACGCCCGGGUCUCUGAGUUCGACGUUUAUUUCGAGGGGGUCGACUUCAAGUUCUACGCCAAGCCGUACUUUCUCAGAUUAACCCUUCCUGGAAGAGUUGUGGAAAAUGGAAGUGAACAAGGAUCUUAUGAUACAGAUAAAGGAAUUUUUACCAUUCGAUUGCCCAAAGAAACUCCUGGCCAGCAUUUUGAGGGGCUGAACAUGUUAACUGCUCUUCUGGCACCAAGAAAAUCCAGGACUGCAAAAGCACUUGUGGAAGAAAUAGGUGCAUCUGAGGUUUCUGAGGGAGGAGUAGAAGAUGAGGAUGGAGAAUUCGACUGGGAAAUUGAACAGUCCCCCUAUGAAGAGGCAUCUGAAGGUGCUCUGAAUCCUCAGUACCACUAUGGCUUUGGAAACUUGCGAUCCGGAGUGUUUCAGCGGUUACAGGAUGAAUUGAGUGAUGUUAUUGAUAUUAAGGAUCCAGAUUUCACUCCUGCAGCUGAACGAAGGCAGAAACGCCUGGCUGCUGAGCUGGCCAAAUUUGAUCCUGAUCAUUAUCUAGCUGACUUUUUUGAAGACGAGGCUGUUGAACAGGUUUUGAAGUAUAAUCCUUGGUGGAUUGAUAUAUAUUCAGAAAUGAUGGCCUCUUUGGGAAAGAGUCAGGAGCAAGAAAAUCAUGCUGCAUUAGUGUCUUUUUCUGAAGAAGAGAAAUACCAGCUACGAAAAUUUGUCAAUAAAUCUUACCUACUGGACAAGAGAGCUCAUCGCCAAGUGUACUACAGUUUGAUUGAUAUCCUUCUGGCGUAUUGCUAUGAAACUCGUGUCACUGAAGGAGAGAAGAAUGUCGAAUCUGCAUGGAAUAUUAGAAAACUGAGUCCCACACUGUGCUGGUUUGAGACUUGGACUAAUGUUCAUGAAAUCCUGGUGUCUUUUGGAAGACGAGUUUUGUGCUACCCACUUUAUCGCCACUUCAAGUUGGUGAUGAAAGCCUACAGAGACACUAUAAAGAUAUUGCAACUAGGUAAAAGUGCAGUUUUAAAGUGUCUACUGGAUGUUCACAAAAUUUUUCAGGAAAAUGACCCCGCUUAUAUUCUGAAUGAUCUCUACAUCUCAGACUACUGUGUGUGGAUUCAGAAAGCCAAGUCCAAAAAGUUGGCAGCUCUUGCAGAAGCCUUAAAGGAAGUGUCGCUGACAAAGGCCCAGCUGGGACUAGACCUGGAAGCGCUGGAAGCCGCAGCUCUUCUUGUGCAGGAGGAGGAAACAGCAGUAGAAGCAGCCCGUUCCGUUUCCAGGCGGCAGACCCCUUCCUCCAGUUCCGAGGCAAGUGAUUCCGAGGAAGCAGACAGCACCACGUCCUCUGAGACUGAGGGCUCAGACUCAGAACAAGGGGAGCUCACAGGGAGUGAAUCUGAGACAGCAGAUCCCUUGCGAGGCCCCUCCCUGGAGGGAGGCAGCACCCUGCUUAUUGUCGACGGUGGGGUGUGCAGAAACUCAGCCACCGAGACCUCAGAUGGCAGUCCCGGAAAGCCGCCUGCCUCCUCCCCGGCUCUUGGAGGGUCCCGGCCGCUGAUAGAGGAGCUUGGAGAGCACCUGAACUCGACCGUUCAAGUUUCUGAACUCAAGGAAUCGGCUGCUGGAACGUGACUGGCAAACACCAAGUGAUUGACUCCGAGUGGUUUUCCCCACCAUUGAGAAUUAUGUCAGAUUUGGUUUCCUUUACUGAAUGGUGAUUCUUCAUUUUCACUUUGUCCUUUUUCUUAGUGUAUACAACACUGUUUUUCAGCGAGCUGAUAUUGAUACCUGUUGGUUUCCUUGGUACAACUUUAAAGUUUUAAAGUAUUUUUGCCAAAGUAUAAUUAAUAUUGAAGAUGAACUAACAGUUCGGCCAGAAUCUCUAGAAUGUAGAGCCCAUUCAUAUGGUUUUCGUCAAGAUUUUAUUUUUAAGUAACCUCUACACCCAGUAUGGGGCUCGAACUCACAACACUGAGAUCAAAAGUCACAAGCUCUAUCAGCCAGCCAGGCGCCCCCAUUAAUAUUUUUAGUAGCCUCACCAAGGGAUACUUGACAUACAAUAAACUGCACGUAUUUAAAAUGUACACUGUGGUUAGUGUUGACAUAUAUAUGCACGAAAUGAAAUCAUCACUGCAGCCAAGAUUCUCUUCUUACCCAUCAUUCCCAAGUGUCCUCGUCCCCCUUUGUUACCCCUCUCCCCUACCCCCCCGUACCACCCACCCCUCCAUUCCCCAGCAAGCACUGAUUUGCUCUGACACUGAACAUUAGUUUGCAUCUCUUAGGAUUUAAUGUAAAUUGAAUUAUAGUAAUAUGUACUCUUGUAAAAAAUUAGGCUUAUUUCACUCACUAUAAUUAUUUUCAGAUUUGUCGACGUAGCAUGUAUUCA